AAGUCAGGGACACUAACUUGACGAGUUUGAGAGAUGUUCAUUCGUACGUAGAUUGGUCAAAAAAAAAAGAAAGUUUAUAAACAAAAAUGUUUUCAGUAACUUGUAUAGCUCCAGUCAACAUUGCAAUUGUUAAAUAUUGGGGAAAACGACAUGAAGAAUUAAUUCUGCCCAUUAAUGACUCUAUUAGCAUGACACUGGGCACGAACGAGCUGUGCGCCAAGACGACAAUAGCUGCUUCAGAGGGAUUUCAACACAAUCGAAUGUGGCUGAAUGAUGAUGAAUUGCCUGUCGAAGAGGACUCUCGUCUGAUGCGUUGUUUAAAAGGAGUUCAACGUCUGGCCCUUGCAAAUGGUUCCCAAAAGGUUUCACUCUCUUGGAAAGUACAUAUUGCAUCGCGAAACAAUUUUCCAACCGCUGCUGGUCUUGCAUCAAGCGCAGCUGGUUACGCGUGCCUGGUAUAUUCAUUGGCACGCUUGUAUGGUGUUCCCAUUAAUGAAGAACUGACGACCAUUGCACGACAAGGUAGUGGUUCUGCAUGUCGUAGCUUAUAUGGUGGAUUUGUUCAGUGGCACAGUGGGGCUCUUGAUGAUGGCAGCGAUUCUGUCGCUAAACCAGUUGUGUCCGCCCAGCAUUGGCCCAAUAUGCAUGUACUUAUCUUAGUCGUAAAUGAUGAGCGAAAAAAAACAAGCUCUACCAAAGGCAUGCAACGUUCUAUGACUACAUCGCAGCUAAUUCAGCAUCGAGUUGAUAAAAUAGUUCCCGAAAGGACUGCGAAUUUGAAAAAGGCCAUUGAAGCUCGCGAUUUUCCAUCUUUUGCUGAGAUAACGAUGAAGGACUCAAAUCAGUUCCAUGCAAUCGCCUUGGACACAUAUCCACCAUGCGUCUACAUGAACGAUGUCUCUCAUGCCAUAGUCGAUUUUGUACAUUCAUACAAUGAAACAAUAGGUGAAGUCCAGGCAGCGUACACCUUUGAUGCAGGUCCAAACGCCUGCAUUUAUGUAUUAAAGGAAAAUGUAGCUAAGCUAUUAGCAGCAGUUCAAAAAGUAUUCCCAAAUGAUGCAACGGAAAGUGUCGAGUACUUACGGGGAAUUUCGGUUUCAGCUACAGUUGAAAAACACCCAGCAUUUAAUGGAACGUUAAACGUUCAAGCCAAGAACUUACUGAAGUAUAUAAUCCACACAAAAGUUGGGGAUGGACCCUGCCAAUUGAGUGACGAUAAUAGUUUAUUGAUAAAUGGACUCCCAUUGUCCCAUUAAUUGGCAAUCUCUCUAGUACUCUUAAGUGAAAUUCAGAUAUUUACAUACAUGUGUUGGUUUUGGAUACUUUUUUGGGAUUCGUGUGAAAUAUACAAAUAUUUAUUUAGUUACUAAGUAAUAAAUAGCCAUUUGCAUUUCAAAAAUCUA